AUGGCUUCAUCACUAGUAACUAAUAUAACAAAACCAAUUCGAAAAAGACGUUUGAAUUCUCCAAAUGAUCAUAUAAUGAUUCUUGUUAAAGAAUGGUAUAACGAUGCCAAAGCGAAUGGUUCACAAACAAUGCGUUGUUAUAAGAAGGCAUUGCAGUCAUUAGAAAAAUAUCCUUUAAGAUUAGAAACAGGUUCGGAUUGUCGAAUUUUAUAUGGAUUUGGUGAUAAAAUAUGUGAAAUGAUUGAUAAAAAAUUAAAUGUUAAUAAAACAUUACAUAAAACUGUAUCAAUGUCAAAUUUAGAUGAUGAUAGACAAAAACCUAAUACAAUUAUUAAUCUUAGUGAUAAUGAUGAAGAUGAAACUGCUCCUCCGCCAGCUAAACAACCAAAAAUAACGAAUGAAAAUAAAAGAUUUAAGAAAACAAAUAGUGCUGGAGCAAAAUUAUUUAAUAAUCCAAUUCAAUCAACAACAACAACGAUUUCAGCACUUCUUGGAAUUGUUGAUUCACCUGUAAAAACAAAUUCAAUCCCACCAAAAUCUGUACAAACAUUACCACCAAAUUCAUUUCAUAUAACACUCUGUAUUGAUAAUGCUGAAGCAUCAAGAUCAACACAAAAAGUUCUUCUUGAUCAUUUAACAAAAAAUUCAAUUAGUUAUGAUGUACGAAAAUUAAAUAUUGGAGAUUUUCUUUGGACAGUUCGAUCUAAUGAUAAAAAUAUUAAAGUUGAAGCUAUUCUCGAUUAUAUUGUUGAACGUAAACGUUUAGAUGAUUUAUCGAAAAGUAUUAUUGAUGGAAGAUAUAACGAACAAAAAUUUCGUCUUAAACAAUGUGGUAUUACAAAUUUAAUUUAUUUAGUUGAAAGUUUAAAGAAUACAAAUAAUCCGGGAAUAUUAACACCAGCUGCACUCAAUCAAGCCAUUGUAAAUACUCAGGUAGCUGAAGAUUUUUUUGUUCGUGAAGUGUCGAAUCCAGUUGAAAUGGCUAAUUAUUUAAUUACAAUGACAAAAUAUCUUACUAAACAUUUUACAGAUAAGACAUUACAUAUAUUAAGUGAUACUGAUAUGAAUACGAAUUAUAAAACAUCUUACAAUGAUCCGAAUCAUUAUGUUAUGCCAUUUGAAUCGUUUAAUUCCGGUGUGGUUAAAAGCAAACCGCCAACAGUAAAAGAAAUGUUUGCUCGUGCUCUUAUGCAAAUAGCUGGUAUGUCACUAGACAAUGUUUUAGCAUUGACUGAAGUUUAUCCAACACCAGCAAAACUUCUUCAAGCAUAUAAUCAAUGUUCCAAUGAAAAAGAACGUAAACUUUUGUUAUCAUCAAUAAAGAAAGUUACAAGUAAUCGAAAAUUAGGCAAAGUCUUGAGUACAACAAUUGAAAUGCUCUUCAACAAUGUUUCAUAUCAAUAA